GAAUAGGGUGUGGGUGAGCGAGGCGAAUAUAAGAGGCGUGAGAAGGAGCGUGUGGAUGAGACGGGAGACAGAGAGAGAGAGAGGCCCCUUGCAUGCUGCAUGCUGUCGCCUCGUUCAUCGUUGCGUCAGGCGGAAGUCAGCUUCGGCGGUGGGACACGUGCGUUCUUGCAAGGGGGAUCGACAAAACAAGUGAAACCGCCAACGUCAACGCAGCCAGCAUACGCGGCAGCUCGACGCGCGGCACUUUGACAACCCAAGAAGCGCGCGUGCGCGCGAAGGAACGGUGGUCCACGAGGAACGUACGGCUUCCCCCCCCCCCACCGGACGCCUCGCCGACCAUGAGCGGCGCCAUGCGGACCGCGGAGCGCUUCGCUCGCACCCUGUCCCGCCGCAAAUCCGGCGCCAUGGACGCCGACGGCACGGAGGAGUCCCAGCUCUCCCGCUGCCUCUCCACGCUCGACCUGGUGGUGCUCGGCGUGGGCAGCACCCUGGGCGCCGGCGUCUACGUGCUGGCCGGCGCCGUCGCCCGAGACGACGCGGGCCCGGCCAUCGUGCUCUCCUUCCUGGUGGCGGCCGUGGCGUCGGUGCUCGCCGGUCUUUGCUACGCCGAGUUUGGGGCACGCGUGCCCAAGACCGGCUCGGCGUACCUCUACAGCUACGUCGCCGUGGGGGAGCUGUGCGCGUUUGUCACCGGGUGGACGCUCAUCCUCUCCUACGUGAUCGGAGCUUCCAGCGUCGCGCGGGCCUGGAGCGCCAACUUCGACGGGAUCCUGGGGAAUCCCAUCUCUCACUUCUUAAUGGAACACAUGUCCAUGGGGCUGCCGGGCCUUGCCAAAUACCCCGACAUCUUCGCCGCUUUCAUCAUUAUCAUCAUCACAGGCGUGCUGUGCGUUGGCGUGCGCGAGUCGGCGCUCUUCAGCAAGAUCUUCACGGCGAUCAACGUCGUCGUCCUCUGCGCCGUGAUGCUGGGCGGUGCCGUCAAGGGCAAAGCGGGGAACUGGGCAAUCGGGCAGGAGGAGCUGGACAACUUCACGAUCCGCAGCAACGCGACGACGAGCGGGACGUACGGCUCGGGGGGGUUCGCCCCGUACGGGGUGACCGGCGUCCUCACCGGCGCCGCCACCUGCUUCUACGCCUUCGUCGGCUUCGACUGCAUCGCCACCACCGGCGAGGAGGUGAAGAACCCCCAGCGGGCCAUCCCCAUCAGCAUCGUCGCGUCGCUGCUCAUCUGCUUUGUGGCCUACUUCGGCGUGUCGGCCGCCCUCACGCUCAUGAUGCCCUACUAUCUGCUGGACGAGGCCAGCCCCCUGCCCGUGGCCUUCGAGUACGUGGGCUGGGGCCCCGCCAAGUACAUGGUGGCCAUCGGGGCGCUGUGCGCGCUCACCUCGAGUUUGCUCGGAAGCAUCUUCCCCAUGCCUCGCAUCAUCUACGCCAUGGCGGAGGACGGCCUGCUGUUCCGCUGGCUGGCGCGGGUCCACAAGCGCUUCAAGACUCCCAUCCUCGCGACGGUCACUUCGGGCUCCGUGGCAGCGGUGAUGGCGUUCCUGUUUGACCUCAUCGCCCUGGUGGACCUCAUGUCCAUCGGAACGCUGCUGUCAUACUCUCUGGUGGCUGCCUGCGUGCUCAUCCUGCGUUACCAACCGGAGCCGGACUGGAAGGACUCGCCGGACUUUGGAUUCGUGCCUGGGGGUGCCGCCCUGGAGGAGCAGGUGAAGCCACAGUGGGGGGCCAUGCUGCUGAUACAGCCCCGGUCGCGGCUUCCCAACAAGCAGUCGACCGUCAUCGUGAACGUGUGUGUCGGCGUCAUCGCGUUGCUCUGCGUGGUGCUCACCACGUUCAUGGUGCACGGGGCCUCGGCCCUGGCCGAGCAGGCCACCUGGGUCAUCGCCAUGGUCGUCGUCUUCGCCACCGCCCUCGUCGCGGUCACCGCCGUCAUCUGGAGGCAGCCGCAGAGUCGGGCGAAGGUCUCCUUCAAGGUGCCCAUGCUGCCCGUGCUUCCCGUUGUCAGCAUCUUCGUGAACACCUACCUCAUGGUGCUGCUCGACCUCAUGACCUGGAUUCGCUUUGCGGCCUGGAUGACCAUCGGUAUGGCAAUCCCUCCGCUCCCUCUCCGCUCCGCUCCGCUCCGCUCCCCUCCGCUGCCUGCCGAACCGGCCGCUAGCCGAGGCCGCCGGCGGUGUGACGAAGCGUCGGGUUGCAUCGGCCGGUGGCAGCGCGCCGGGGAUGCACGCACCACCAUGCACCACCACCACGUUGGAUCCUCCCUACCCAACUACCCAGAAUCCUCCACCUCGCCCUAG